AGAUUUCCAUUGGCAGGUACCCGGUAUAGCAAAUGUGCUGUCAUUGGCAACGGUGGUAUCCUACAAGGUAGCAGGUGUGGACAAAAAAUUGACCAGGCUGAUUUUGUUAUCAGGUUUAAUCUGCCUCCCUUAAAUACAACUGAAGAUGUGGGAACCAAGACACACUUAGUGACUAUCAACCCCAGUAUUUUUCAUAUUAGAUUCGAAGACCUGAGGGAUCCUCCAACGGCUUUUAUAGAGGUUCUUCAGGCCUACCAAAAUGCCCUUUUCCUCAUUCCUGCAUUAUCCUUCAAUUAUCACCUUACAAUUGCCUACCGUGCUGUAAACAUCAUGAAGGGUCGUGGCCUGGCCCAUAGAGCAUUCUUCCUCCACCCAUGCUACCUGGCUGCCCUCAAUAAGUAUUGGAAACUGAAAGGUAUGAAAGAAACACGCCUGACCACUGGCUUUAUGUUCACCAGUUUGGCUCUGGAGUUCUGUGACAACAUCUCUCUCUACGGCUUCUGGCCCUUUCCAUAUGACCUGACUGGAAAACCACUCAAUCAUCACUACUAUGACAAUGUGUUGCCACAUCCUUCCAUUCAUAACAUGUCCGAGGAGUUCUCCCAUUAUCUCAAUAUGUAUGCCCAGGGUGUCUUGCGCAUACAGCUUGGCAAAUGCCAGUGAGUUUUGGGUAGGGAAGACAGUCCCUACCGAGGAAUAAAUCGGCCAGAGGAAAAACAGUUGAUUUGCGGUUCCCACUAAAGCAUGAAUGUGGCAACGUGGAAUUUGUACCAUUGAGGAAAACAAGCUUCCACCAGGAUCCUUCCAAAAACAGGACAUCCCACACAUUCUCUUGUAGCGUAACAUAACUCAUUUGUAUUCUUACUCAUCUAAUGGGCAGAAACAGCAGCCUUUCACACAACCUGGGUCGAAAUAAGGGAACAUGCAAUUGUUAUGUUUGUAAAAAAUAAAAAAAGAAGCUGU